UUCCUCUCACCUACAACCGAAAGACAGAAAGAAUCAAUGGCGAAGAUCAAAGACGAUAUAAAGUACGGAACUGCGCAGGCGAAGCUAUCCGAAGACGACACUCUGAGGGUGAGUUACAAGCAUGGCACCCCACUUGAAGGAGGAAAAAUUGCCGAUUCUGAACCGAUUGAUCUCUUCUCCAGCGCCCACAACAUUAAUAAGAAUCCCAACCCUUCAAAUAAUAAUACUAACGUUAAUGAUUCAUCUCAUCAUCAUCCUUCUUCUGGAACUUAUCAAUCUCAGUUGCAUCCUCGACCUGAUCGUAGGGAAGCUGGAGGUGGAGGAAAGUUUCAAAGCUCUAACACCAAUACCUCUGGAUGAAAAUUAAGUGGAGACUUA